GCAUAUUCUGUGGUUCUACUUUGUCAUGUUAUGAAUGAAUGAGAUGAUGAUUGGAUUGUGUGAUGACUAAAAAUGAAACCAAUAGUUUUUACUUAAUAAAUAAGAUUAAGAUAGAUAUUUUCAUUUCAACUCUUCAAUCAUGAUGGCAGGUAAAGGUAUGCCGGAGACAGAGGAACAGAAUAGGAUAAGGUUUCAAGUGGAGCUAGAAUUCGUUCAAUGUUUAGCCAAUCCAAAUUACAUUCAUUUUCUAGCACAGCGAGGCUACUUCAAGGAACAGACCUUCAUCAACUACCUGAAGUACCUCCAGUACUGGCGGGAGCCGGAAUACGCUCGAUACCUCAAGUACCCAAUGUGCCUACAUUUUCUGGAGUUGUUGCAGCAUGAGGCGUUUAGAAGAGAAUGUGUAUCAGCUCAGGUGUGCAAGUUCAUGGACGACCAGGCGAUCCUGCUGUGGCAGCACUACACGCGGCGCCGCACGCGCACGCUGCAGCCGCCCGACGCGCCCGCGCCGCCCGCGCCGCCCGCGCCGCCCGGCCCGCCGAGGCAGCAGUCCUAGGGUUAGCUUUUGAUAAGAGGAAAGGGAACGGCCGCUUCUCCAUACAAACGUAGUCUCCAUUUUCCUCCCUGAAUAUUGACAUUCUGGAAAAUAUUGUUAUAUAAUUUGAUGUAUAUGAAGCAUGCUAUUAUAAUAAUUAAAAAUUCGAUAAAAAUCAAACGUAAAGGCAUAGCUGUGGUUAAUAUGCAACUCAUACUCAUACUCAUAUAUUUAUUCAUAAUAAUUCAUAUUAUAUGUCACAAUUUUAUUUAAAAUAAAUUAUUUACAAAACAUUAUUUGUAACAUUUUACAUAAUAAUAAAAAAAAUAAAAUUAAUAUUAAAUCUAGGUUUUUAGGUACUUAUUUUGUACUCCAUAAACUAAUUAAAGCUAUGAAAAGUGUGCUCGAUAAGCCAUUUUUUCAGUUGCAUUUUAAAACUCAUUAAUGACUGCGCAUUCGUGACAUGUCCCGGCAGUCGGUUGCAUUGUACACAGUCGGCCCCAUCACGAGAGUCGCUGACUUAGCUAUGCUUAACACCCAAGAGUUUGUGGGCGUUCCGCAAGUUACGACCGUGGAUGUCAGCCCCUCUCACGUAUUCAUUAAGGUGUCAUCGCACAUAGACGGCCACGUGGUAUAUCACCAUGGAGGACAGUGUGAGUAUCUGGAGGUUCUAGAAGUGCGGUUUUGCAGAUGUACUUUGUCCUACCUGCACAAUCGCUCGGACGGCUCUUUUUUGCACUCGGUAGACAGGCUCCCAUUAGGCAGCGCGGCCCCACAGCUCCACGCCGUAUUGGAGGAUCGAGUGCACAGUGGCAAAAUAGCAAGACCUUACCACAUCCCUGGACACCACCCUUGCCAGGCGUCGCAGUGCGAAACAGGCACUUGCCAGUUUGUUACAAUCUUUCAUAGUGUGUGCUCCCCACUGGAGGCCCUUAUCAAGUUCAAUACCCAACAAAUGGUAUCAACAUAUUUUCAAUAAUGUUAAUAUCCAGAGAGGAAAAUGAGGACUAUGUUUGUAUGAAAAGGCGAUUUCGUGCGAGUCCUCCACUUUCGUCUUAAACUUUUCCCAUUCUGUGAAUAAAAGGCUGUUAGUCUUUUCUGGUCUUAAAGACUAGUGGCUUUUUUUGUUUGAGAAUGGCAGUGGAGGUCAUGAUACGAGAGAGAGGUAGGUAGAGAUGUGUUAGCAUAUGCUGACACUAGCAGCGUUAAUUGUAUAAUUCUGCGCUGAAAAAACGCGAAUGUAUAUAUUAAAUUUAAUAUAACCUCUAUUAUCCGAAUGAAUUGGGACCGUGAAUAGUUGUGGUUUUGGAUAAACUAAGUCAGUGUUCGAGUAAUUGGAGAUUCGAAUAGUCAAGGUUCUACUGUAUUGGGUAGCUAAUAAUCAUAAUCAUAAUCAUUCUUUAUUGCAACCAUGGUACAGUAUAGAUGUUAUACAUGAUAUACAAUGUCUCACAUGGACCCUGCAAGGGCACAGCAUAUAAUAUCUUUUACAGUACAUAUGGGGCUACUUUAUAGCACUAGUGCGAGAAGUAGCAUAUUACGUUACUGUGUCGAACAUUUAAAGGGCCAUAUGUACUGUAAAACGUUGUACGAUACAUGUGCGAAUAGGUAAUUCGCAACUCGUGUCGAUUUAAAACACUCCCUUCGGUCGUGUUUUAAUUUAUCGCCACUCGUUUCGAAUUUCCUAUUUUUCGCACUUGUAUCGUAAUGUACUAAUUCAUAACUCAUAACAUAUUAUCAUAUUAUUAGCAACAUUAUCAACUUAUUUAAGAAAGUCAUGAAGCAAUUCUUAUAUUACACAUGAGAUCACUAAUAAAUGUCAAACAAAUAAAUUAAUUAAUGCCUAUGCCUGAUAUGCCGUACUCAGUCCAUAUCUAUAUUCUUUGGAGGCUUAGUUUGUUAUUGGCAAAGUUAUUGAUUGUAUAUACGAGGUGUAAAGUCUAAACAAAAAUCCUGCAGCUGAACUGGAUGGCGCUGUACUGCGCCAUAUGUUGUGUAGUAACUUAAUGAUCAAAUAAUAACUUGACAGCCCGAGUUACCACAUAAUGUACAGAGCUAUAUAGCGCCAUCUACACUAGAUGUCAAAUUAUAAGCACAAAUAUGUCUGGUACAGUCAAGUGCAAAAAUAUGUAUCGAAAGAAUCGUCUCAUAAAUAUGGUACUAUGCUCUUAUUACACUGGAAUAAGAUGCUAUGGGACAUAUUUUUGAGUAAGAUGUGUACACCUAUAUUUCUACACUUGACUGUACUUUACAGAUGUAAUAAUACAAUACAAUCAAUGAAUGUUUGGUGAUAGGGUUCCUUUGAGCACUCUUCAAGCCGAAAAAAUAUUGAAUAUAAGUCUUAUCCUAAUUUAAUUUUUUUUUAAUUUGUUUGGGAUCACCAACAGACAAUACAUCAGAGAAAAAAUAAUCUGUAGCUUACAUAACAACAGCUUAAUGAGGGAUAAAUUAAUAAAAUUUAACCUUUAAAAAAAUCUCAUUUUAUUUAUGUCUGUUUCUGAAAUAUUGAUAGACUGAUUGAUGUAUUAUCGUAAGUUUAAGUAAGUAAAUUAA